AUGAGCUGGUUUCGAAACCUACAAGGGCAGCUAUCCGAACUCGCCAAUGAAGUGCUCAGUGAAGCGACAGAUGAGGUUGCAGACCCGGAGACAGAGCUGCAGGUGGCGAACAAGAAACGCAGUGAGGCUGAACGCUUGCUCGUGAUAGAGCAAUCAAAAGUGAGUAAACUAGAUGAAAAGGUACAAGAACUUGAACAUGCUUUGUCUGCUCAUCAAAGCGAGUUGGACAUGAUCAAUGAACGCCAUAGGACAAUGAUUCUCACAAGAGAUGAAGAAAUAAAAAAGCUUAGGAAUGAAUUAGAACGAGCACAGCUCACAGAAUGGCAGUCCACAGAUGUUGAUAGCGGAACAGUGGAGCAAACUAUUUUGGAUUUACAGCGUGAAGUUUCUCACUGGAAAUCGCUUGUUGAGGUGGAACAUAAAGAGGUUUCUAAAGAUGAACUGAAUCAGCGCCUCGAGGAGGAGCGAAGGCGCAAGGAAGAAGAAAUUGCGUCAUUAAUGGAAUUACACUCGCGCAAUAUGAAUGAAAUGAGAGAGAUGUAUGAAGAGCGGAUAACUGCCCUGGAGGGAGUAGCGUCUUCGUCAACGAGCAAUACUGACGUAUUGGAUGCUGUAUUGCUGGAAAAGGAAGAGUUGCUAGAUACAAAACGAAAACUUGAGGAAAUGGUGCGUCAACGGCCGUCAACAGCUAGUGCCUCAGCUGGAUGUGACGACCGCAUGGUAGUGCUGGAUCUGGUUGAGAGGUCAGAGCUCACGGAUCUGGAAGAAAAGCUGCGAGAUGCCACGGCUGAGCUAGCGCAGUUGCGAGGUGCUAAUUCGGAUCUGGAGGCUAAAGUUCAGGAAUCCGAAAGUUUGAAAAUUCAACAUGAAGAGUUGGCGCAAGCGUAUAAUGAUUUGAAUGAGGAGUUCGAGAAAUACAAAGAGCAGACAGCCGCAACUGUACAAGAGAAUAAUAAUCAAGAUCUUACUCGACGAAUAGACCUUUUGAAAGCGAGUCUUAUCGAAUACGAAGAACGAUACGAGAUGUGCAAGCGUGAAAAUCAAGAAACCGUGGCCCAACUUGAACGACUUUCUGGAGAGUUCGAAAGGUUGAAAUCAGGUUUCGCUGACGUCCGUGAACAGAACAAGGGAGCAGAUGUUUCCGGUGAAGUUGAUCGUCUUCGCAGCGCUUUAGAGCAAGCGAAAAGCGAUCGCGAUCGCCUCCGUGCGGACGUCGAGAUGUUCCGUUCCACUGUAGAUGGAAUCGAUACUGAAUUAGAUAUGCUCAGAUCCUCCAAUCGUAGCCUUUGUCAGGAAAAUGAAAAAAUGGCUGCUGUAAUUGACCGAUACACCAAGUCGCUGAAUGAAGCCCUCCUAAAGAGUGAUAAGCCUGAUGAUGACAGCGAUGCGGAAGGUUGCUCGUCCUUCAGCCAACUCCAGUCGGCUGCCGUCGACAAUUUGCACCGUGAGCUGCGCGAAGAGGUCACUAUGCUACAGGAGCGAAACAGGUUGCUUUCUGAAGAGUCAAGGUUAUUAGCUGAGGUCAAUGCUCAGAUGAAAAAACAGGAGGAGACGGACCAAAAGAAAACAAAGCUUCUGGAAGAGAAGAUUACGCUUUUGGAAGAGCAUAGAGAAGAGUUGCAAACAUCUCUGAAAGCUCUUCAGGAAAAGGCUGAUAGUAAUCAGCAACCACAGAAUCCACCUGCCCAAGAUUCUGUGGACGAGGUUUCGGCUCUUACUGCUCAACUACGAGAGGCUUUGGCGGCGAAUGCAGAGAAAACGGAGGAAUGUGAAAAACUCAGGCAGCAAACAGAUGAUUUGGAGAAGGAAGUUACGUUACGGCAGUCCUGCGUGGAUGAGAUGAUCGCUCAAACAAAUGUUUUACAAGUGCAAUUACAGCUUGCAGCAGAAGCCAAUCUUCAGCUCAAACAGCAGAUUUUGGAAAAAGACCGCUCGCUGAAUUCUAUGAGUGAAGUACUGAGUCGUAAACAACCGGACUUUGGCCAACACGACUCUCACCUUGAACAAGUUCGUUUUGUUCUUUAUUUUCCUGAUAAUUUCAUGUAUUUCACAUUCGCAUAUGAUGAUAUUCAAUCCACGACGCGUUUUGACUGA